AUGGCCGGGAGGCGAGCCCUGGCUCCAAGCGUCUUCACCUUCGCGCUGGUCGCCGCCUCUGCCCUCCUGCUCGUGGUGUUGGAGCGCCAGUGGCUGUCGAGGGCGACCAAGGAAGGCGCGCCCUCGCCGGUAGAGCGGCCAGGCGAGCUAGGGGGGCCCGAAGGCGACGUAGGCCCUGAAGCGGACGCGUUGGCAGAGGUUGCAUGGCGAGCCCGUAACGCGUCUAUAGCUGCGGGCUGUGCGCGCGACGCCCUGCCCCGCUCGCUCUCCUCCCUCCCGCCGGGCGCUCGCUCCCUACUGUUGCGUCACGUGCUCGUAAACGACGAGUACCGCUUCCUCUACUGCUACGUGCCCAAGGUUGCCUGCUCCAACUGGAAGCGCGUCAUCAAGGUGCUAAGUGGAGCGAUGGAUUCGCUGAACCAAGCAGGCAAGAUGGAUCACAAGCGCGACCUCCUGUUCCUGUCAGACUUUACUGCUGAGGAGAUUGACUAUCGACUAAAGCACUAUUUCAAGUUCAUGUUCGUGCGGGACCCACUAGAGAGGCUUCUCUCUGCCUACCGCAACAAACUGGGAGAGACGGUGGAAUAUCAGCGCCGCAUCGGCUCACAGAUCCUUCGUAAAUACCGCCCGAACUGGCAGGGUGGCCCGGCCGAUGAUGUCACAUUCACGGAGUUUGCGAACUUCAUCGUCGACACCUUGGAGACCUCUGACCCCUGGCGCGUGGACGAGCACUGGGCGCCCGCCACCUCGCUCUGCCAGCCAUGCAUCAUGGGAUACGACCGUGUUGGCUCCUACAACAGCCUGCACGCAGACGCCCGUGCCGUGCUGGCCAUGGUUGGCGCUCCCCGUGGCUUCUCCUUCCCCCAGCGGCAGAGUUGGUACCGCCCCGUUACGCCGCAACUCCAUGCCUACUUCCUGUCCACACUGCCGCAGGGCAUGCUGGGAGAGCUCAUGGACCGCUACAAGUUGGACUACCUACUCUUUGGCUUCGAAAUGACUGAUGGAUUAGCACUAGCCACCGCUGCUAGGGAGACAGAGGAGGACGUUGUAGAGAGAUGGAACUGAGUGUUUUUUUUCUUCCAAAUAUUAUUUUUUUGUCUUUUCCCCCCGAGUUUUAUCCCAAUUGAGAGAUCAACUAUCACGCCCCUCUCGUGUCAGAGAACGGCCCGCGGAAGCGGACAUUACAGAGCUACUUGAGAUAUCCCUUCAGGUGACCUCUGGUGCACACAGUAAGGGGCAGAACUUUCUCACCGAAGCCGCCACAGAGUAACGUUACAGGUAUUUAAAAUUCCCUGAACUUGAAUGUCACCAAAUUAGGUGCAGAACCAAGUUUAAUACGAUGGGUUUUUAUAAAAAAUGGGUUUUUAUAAAAUGUAUUCAUUGGUGACCGCGCUGAGGCCUUCCACUCACUCCACUAGAGAACCUGGAUAAUCACAGGCGGCUGAAAACCGGAUUGAGAUUCGAACCUAGGUUCUGAGCGGUGCCAACUCGGUGCUAAGGCUUUAUUUUCAACUUUUUAAAAUUAAUGUUCAUAGAGUAUAUGUUACGAAUUUACAAAAUAAGUCCAUCUUUUUAUGGAAAUUAACAUGGAUUUUCAGGCCGUCUGCCUCAGGGGGUCUUGCUGACCAAUGUUGUUCACAUCCUCGCAGCGGCUUUUGGCUAGCCAUAGAACAAAGACGGUCACAGCAUUACACGCUUUCAGAUACACUUCUGUGGCUGUCUAGAACGCUCUUGCUUCCGAUAUUAGGAAGCCACUGCAGCUAUGCACUUUUAAAUAUAAAUUGAAAACUCACAUCUUUAGAACUGCUUUUUGUGUUUAGUAUGUUGUCCUUCCCCCGCACCUCCGAUUAGCAUGGUUGGCUAUGUACAGUCCGAAAGAAGUUCAGCAGACAUAUAUGCUGUUCCUGCAUCUCCUACUCCCCCAUUUCCUCCUACUACCUCCUCGCCCCAUUUCAUAGUCUAUUCUCUCCUCCCUCUUCUCCUACUCCACUCCUACUCCCGCAGCGUGGUAGUUGUCACAUUGGGCAAGUUUCUUAGAAUCCUUUAACCUCUGACUGACCCAGCAGUACGAAUGGGUAUACCACCAUCAGUAGGCCUCGUGUCAGUUGGGUAAAUUGUGGGCAAGAUAUUUGGCCAUUGCGGAAGAGUAGGCCAAAGUGACCUCUAUCGGGGCUCUAGAUUUCCCUCCUGUGGAGGCUCUUUCCUCAAGCAGUGUCUCGAGCCAUAAUUUGCAGGGCUGCACCUUUUAAAGACAAGGUAACCCGUACAGCUUUUGACAGGCUGUCGGGGCAAGGGCUGUUAGUGAGUACAUUUUAAACACACAUGGACACGGAGAUGAACGUUCAUAAAAAAACCUGCCUGAGCGUUGAGGUUGACCGUGCAGUGACCGUGGCGGUGUUGUGGGCCAUGAUUUGACGUGCCUUGGUGAGUGACUUUGUUUUGCACGUCGAUGAUGAGAUGAAUGGGGGAAUAAUCCACUUUUUUAAGCUUCCCGACUAAGGUUGAAAACGUUUACACAUUGGCUCUGUCAAACCACAAUAGGGGAAGUGAGUAGGGCGGUACAACAACUCAUGUAAACGUGAUCCAAUAUGAGCCACAGCUAAGUAUGAGAAUGUGUUUCUAUUGAAAAACGCCAAUGCAUAUGUCCCUGACAGCUGUCCCGUCACCUUAUAGCAGUGGAUUGACAGAGCCAAAAGCAUGUAUUUGCUCAAAUUCGUAGGCCGAGAUGCGAUUUAUCAAUAUGUUGAUGACGAGGUUUUGUUUUAGACCAGGUUUGUGCCUUUACAACAGGGAGUUGCUGUUACAUGAUGCAAAUAAAUACAAUGCAGUGCUUUG